AUCCAGUCAACCAGCAUUGGGACCUCACCACACAUCUCCACAGCCUCCAAUUGAACUAGACUAGUAUACAAUUGCUUCAAAAUGAACUCUCUCACCACCCUCCUCACCCUCCUGUCGGCAACGUCGACCACGGCGCUCUCCAUCCACCAGCCCCGGUCCUCCGCCUCGAUCACCCCACCGGAGGGCUGCCCGAUCCCCACCUGGGAGGUGUCCUACUUCCACUGGUUCAACGGCUCCAAGAGCCUGGACUGCAUCCACAACCCGGCAGACAUCGCCUUCAAGGACUGCCUGUGCGGUCGCGAGUGGUGCGCCCCGGACCCGGACACCUGCAACGGCACCAUGGUCAACGUCUGCUACACCGGCAUGCCCAACUACCAGCCCUGGGGCUAUGGCCCGCCGCAGACCCUGGCCAUCGACUUCGCCGACGGCCUGACCUGCCGCGACCAGUACGCCGCCUUCCGCGUCCACGACAUCGGCCACGGCGCGUCCAACUGCGGCUACGCCGACCGCGGUCUGGGUCGCAUCGUCUCCUUUUACGGGACCUCCAACGAGGAUACCUCCGUCGGCCACAUGGAUUACGAGCUUGGGGCGGGUCAUGCGUUGACUUGCAACAACGGGAGCAAGAUCACCUACCAUGGGAGUGUGGACUUCGAGUUGACCUGUGUCCAUGAUGAGUUCUUCAACGCCACCUGCUCGGCGCCGGCAUUUGAGAUCCCUGUCUUGAGCUAUGAGUGGGUUUCUUGAGGGGUGGGUUCCUAGGUUUGUGAUGGGGAUGAGAGAGGAGAAAUGAGAGGUGAGUGGUGAUAGAAAGGGAAGAAGGGGGACACGAAGAUGAGUGCGAUGCGAUUAGAUAUGUCCAGAAAGGUCAGCUGUAGAUACGUCUAAGAGAAGUCUGAUGAGAAUGCUCGACUCAUGGUGGACAU